ACACGAUCUGUGUCUCAUGUGUACAGCUGUUGUAGAUCGACCAUGAGAAUCAGCGAGGAAGUGCGAACGAGCUCCGCAUCUGUCCCACCAACCAUGGACAAAAGCCCAGCCCCGGGCGUGUAGACCGACUCUGUCCUCUCCUCUACCCGGAGGACAGGCGCUCUGAGGCGGAUCACACCCUCUAGAGAGCACCGGGAGAGUGGAGGGCUUUCCCGGAACGUCCCUGCCUCCCUGCCCACCUGAUUGCUGUUCGCUGCGGGAAAAAUGUGGCUAAACCCGGAGGAAGUUUUGUUGAAAAAUGCACUCAAACUUUGGAUUACAGAAAGGAGCAAUGACUAUUUUUUACUGCAAAGAAGGAGAGGGCAUGGGGAGUCCACAGGCAAGAUUACAGGUCUGCUGGUUGGAGCCUUGGACACAGUGCUGGACUCAAACGCCAGAGUGGCUCCGUUCAGGAUCCUGCUGCAGAUCCCUGGCUGUCAGAUCAGCUGGGUCAUAGCCAGUGGAGCAGCCAUCGAGGAGGUGAACAGACACUGGGACUGGCUCAUCCGAAACCUGCUCCACUCUCUUUCUGUGUUUGAGAACAAGGACGACCUCGCCAGCUUUGUCAAAGGAAAAGUCAAGGGUCUGAUAGCAGAGGAGGUGCGUGGGCGUCAGGUGGCUCUAGAGGGUGACCCUGAGCGCUUCAGGGAGGCUCUGCAGAAGUUUGAGCUGCACUUCGGGCUCCCAUCAUCAGAAAAACUGGUGACAUACUUCUCGUGCUGCUGCUGGAAGGGCCACGUGCCCCGACAGGGGCUCCUCUACCUCAGCACCAACCAUGUGUCGUUCUACUCAUUUUUGCUUGGGAAGGAAGUGAAGUUUGUGAUCCCGUGGGCCGAGGUGGUUCGUCUGGAGCGGGUCUCCUCUGGUCUGAUGCACGAUGCGGUUCGACUGGUGACACGACAAAAGAUCAGAGAGUUCUCCAUGUUCCUAAACAGAGACGAGGCGUUCGGGGCCAUCGCUCAAAUGUGCGACAUCGCCCUCCGCAGGCUGCUUGACAGCGAGGGGCUGGAGCUGGACAGACAGCUGCUGCAGCCCGGGCUUCUAAACAAGAGGGUGCUGGAGGAGCAGGCUCUCCGAGAGUACGUCCUGGCCUUGUUUCGUCUGCCCCGCUCAGAGCGCCUCCUGGAGCUGGCCUCAUGUUCUGUAUGGACUCCUCACACCCGGAGCCACACGGCCGGGACACUGUACUGCACAGACCAGUACCUGUGCUUCAGCAGUAAAGAGGAGGGGCAUUGCACGCUCAUACUGCCCCUACAGGAGGUGUUGUCCAUAGAGAAGGCAGAGAGCACCAGUCCCCUGCCAAACCCUGUGAUUGUAAGUGUGAGGAGUAAAAAGGCCUUUCAGUUCAUCGAGCUGCAGGAGAGAGAGGAGCUGGUGGAGUCCCUCAAUCACCGGCUCCGAGCGCUGCAGUGGAAAGUGUCCAUGUUCAGGGACAAGAGGCAGAGCAAGAGGAGCGUGACCUCCCCAACUCCAUAUUAUACGUUUUACUACGACACUGGUCUGUCGGAUGAGGAGGAGAUUGAGGAGCAGGUCCUGAGGAACACCGUGAACAGUGAAGCUUUAAUGACAGCAUUUCACCAAAACCAACCCGGAAACAACAGCAACAAGAGCACAGAGAAGGUGAAGGAGCGUCUUUGGGAGGACCACUUUGAGGAGUUUGGUCGCGGGGUGCACAUGUUCAGGACAGAGAAGAUCCAGAGACUUGUGGCCAUGGGGGUCCCGGAGAGUCUGAGGGGGGAGUUAUGGGUGACCCUGUCUGAUGCUUGUUCAGAGCUGGAGUCCCAUGAGGGGUAUUACUCGUCGAUGGUGCAGAAGUCGAUGGGGCAGAGUACUUUGGCCACAGAUGAAAUUGAGCGGGACUUGCACCGCUCGCUCCCUGACCACCCGGCCUUCCAGAACCCCACCGGGAUUGCCGCCCUGAGGAGAGUCUUGACAGCAUAUGCCCACCGCAACCCCAAGAUCGGAUACUGCCAGUCGAUGAAUAUCCUGGCCUCUGUGCUGCUGUUGUACGCUCGGGAGGAGGAGGCUUUCUGGCUCCUGGUUUGUGUCUGUGAGAGGAUGCUCCCAGACUACUUCAACCGUCGGGUCAUAGGAGCCCAGGUGGACCAGUCUGUAUUUGAGGAGCUGAUUCGGGAGCGUUUGCCUGAUUUGGCAGAUCACUUUCCAAACCUCUCCUGUCUCUCGUCUGUCUCCCUCUCCUGGUUCCUCACCCUCUUCUUGAGCGUCUUACCGUUCAGCAGCGCGGUCUGUGUGGUCGACUGCUUCUUCUACAGCGGAAUCAGAGCCAUUUUUCAGCUCGGGCUAGCCGUUCUGGAGGCUAACACGGCUCAACUCUGCACUAGCACAGACGACGGGCACGCGCUGAUGAUUCUGACUGGUUUCCUGGAGCAAGUUGGGACAGAGGACUCUCCCUGUGCCCCCUCUUCUCCCCAUUCUGCUCCUGAGGACAAUAACGAACCUCCUCCUGUGAAAAACACCAACAUCACUGUCCUCAUCAACGAAGCCUACGAGAAAUUUGGCGACUUGACCGUUCGACAGAUUGAGAGACUGAGGUGUCGACACAGGAUACAGGUGCUUCAGACUCAUGAGGAAACCACCAAAGAGAACGCUUUGAGAAUAGUGUCUUCCGAAGUGUCCAUGUCUCCUGAGAAUUUGUCAAAUGCCUAUGACCUAUUCAAGACGGAGCACCUUGUCAGCCUGUACUGGGGAGACAGCAGCUCGGUGGCGGCGGCAGAGGCGGCGUCAUGGAGACAGACGGACUCGGGGCGGUCCUUCACAGAGAGGCAAUACCGUCUGGACCGCGCGCAGUUCAAAAGCCUCUACUGCCUCCUAGUGCCCUGGCCCGGAAACUCAGAGCAGCACUCGGACACACUGGGGAAUCGAACCUUCACCCUCCUCAGCCAAGACACAGACAGCCUGGUGACAUUUAAGGACUUUGCCACGUGGCUAGACACAUUGUACUGUGGAGAAUUGAAUGAGAAAAUCAGACAUCUGUAUCGCCUGCACAUCCCUCCAGCUCUGACAGAGAGUGAGGACGACCCUUCUCUUUUGAGAAACCCACUGCUUUCGUCCAACAGACCGCUGUACGUGACCAGGCCUGAAGCCGAGGAGUGUGAUGAGGGGAAGUCGUACCAGGAGCAGCUGAAACAGAUGUUAAAGGAUCUGGGCAAAGAAAAGGAGAAGGACGCCGAGAAACCUCUGCCACUAAUGAAUCAGCGUGAGUUCAUUCAGUUCUGUAAGACGCUCUACAGCCUUUUCCAUGGUGACCCGGAGGAGAACGAGCUGUUUCAGGCCAUCGCCACGGUAACCAGCCUCGUAUUGCAGAUCGGCGAAGUGGGACAUCAGGGGUCAAAGGUCCCACAGGAACCCAAACAGGAAAUGACCACCACAGACACUUCAGAGAACGACGACUGGACCAUUAGCUUUGCACAAAUAUUAGCCUCGUUGCUAACAGAACAGGCUUUGGUGAACUUCUUUGAGAAACCGGUGGAGUUAGCAGCUAAGCUAGCAGCAGCCAAAGAAAAACAGUACCAUCAACGUGCCGUGCUACUGUCACUGCAGCAUAAAGUCAGAUGACCCAAAAAAAAAGAACCAGAAAAAAGCACAAACAUACCAAGAAUGUGAUGUAGGAAUGUCUAAUGCCACAAUAAGCCAAUAUCCAAUGAGCUCAAAGGAAAGGCAAAGUUGCAUGCCACAUCUGUGGAGAGGUGCCCUUGUUAACAGUAUAAACCGUAAGAUGAACAGUAAGAGUAAGAUGGACUAGUAGCUAGUCAAAAUAUGUGCAUCUUCUACUUGCCAAACAUGUGUCUUAUAGCCAUAAGGUUGUUGUGUCAUUGGGCAAGACACUCACUUUGCUUAUCCAUUCAUCCAUUUUCUUUAAUUUAUCCGGGACCAAUUUGUGGGGGUAGCAGGGACUCCCAGACUUCCCGCACCCGAGACACUUCCUUCAGCUCAUCCAGUAACACUCCAAGGUGAGAGACAGUCUCUUCAGUGUGGUCGGGUCUUCCCUGGGACCUUCUCCCAGUGGGAAAUGCUCAGGAUACCUUCCCAGGGAGGAAUCCAGAAUAGAUGCACAACCCACCUCAGCUGGUCCUCUCUGUGGACUAGCAGCGGCUCUACUCCAAGCUCCUCCCAUUUGAGCGCACUUUGCUUGUGUGAGGGUAAAUUAAGGUACUUAAACUUAAACACUUUGAUUGGGAUUUUACCAGUUUGACAACCUGCUCAAUCACAAAAUCAGCAUCAACUAAUCAGUAAUAAUCGCUAGUAAGUCCUGCAUUUGACCCAUUCUUCAUUGAUGCUGGGCAACCUAUCAGGAGCAGUGGGACCCAACUUCAGGUCUUGAAGUAUUCUCAAUCAGAACUACUGUAGCUGGAGGAUUUGACCUGUGCAUAUUUUUGGGUUGAUGGAGGAAACCGGAAUGCCCAGAGGAAACCUACCCAGACACAGGAAGAACAUGCAAACAGGAGUUGAAUCCAGAAUCCUAUUUGUUGUAAACCGUGAAGGAGCCUCUCAGCCACUUUGCCGUGUCUCGGAAGUGAAACCAUCAAUGAUUUGUAACGGUGUUGGUAACAUUUUAAAGAAAUCUCAAACUAGGUCUGUCACGGUAACAAAUUUUGCACUAUAUGGCUGAAGUAAAUAUAGACAAUAAACGAUAAUAUGGAAACCAAAUCAUGAAGCAGAAUCAUCCCUCAAUGAUUCUAAAUGUAAUAUAAAAUAUGAGCAACAAUAAAUAAGUGACAGAAUGUAGCACAUAAGUAAUUAGUUUGUAUCUUAUUAAUGAGUCAUAGAAGUUCAACCUUCUACAGGUCAAAUCUCAUUAUAGUACAGAAAAAUGACCAGACAAUUCCAAUUAGUACAAAGAAAAAGUAUUCACAAUAAAUCAGUAGUAUGUAUCGUGACAGGCCUAUUUGAAACAGACAAAUGUGAAAGCGGCAUUCCUGUCAGCAACUUAAAGCAAAAAUGGCUCCUUUUUAUUUGACCAAAACCAGUGACUGUAUUAGCUGUAUGCAAAAUCUUUUACAAUCAAAAUUUAAGACUGACAAACAAAUGAAACUUUGUAAAUAGUGUUUUUGAGCCAAACUGCUGCAUAGAACCAAGAAAUUAAAAUAUUGCAAAGGACAAUUCUAGUUUUUGUGCAUUUGAAUCUAACUUUAUGCUUAAUUUCUUAUUGAUAAACAAAUAGUUGUUCUAGUUUUGAAAAAGCCAAUUAUUUGUAUGUAUGUAUAUUUCAAAUGUAGUUAACCUUUAUGUAAAUACAUUACUAAUAUCUUUGAAAGUUGAGGAUUUAAAGAGUAAGUUUACAUUGGCAAACCAAAUUUGUCAAAAAAGACUACUGAAGUUUAACAUUGAAGAAAUGUUUAUAAAUAAGAAAAUCAGCACAAAGUUAAAGCUUUUUUAUCAAAUUUCAAUUUUUAUUAAACCUGCGUCAAUCUGUUGAAACAGUGUUCUUUUGAUAAUUUUAUAACUUUCAUGUUUUCAUGUUUUUUCUCACAAACUGAACCAACAGACAAUAAAAUCAUCUUUUAUAUUAAA